GUUCCUGCCAUUCUCACCCACGGAAGACCAGCCCUGGAGAAGAUGGCUCAGCCCCUCCUAUGGAUCUUGCUCCUUUGCCUGCAAACCUGGCCAGAACCAGCUGGAAGUAACACAGAUGUCUGCACCGUGAACGGGAUCCUGGGGGAGUCAGUUACUUUCCCCUUGAAUAUCCCAGAAUCACAGCAAGUUGGAAGCAUUGUUUGGCAGUUCAAAACAUCAAUUGCUUUUGUACAACCAGGAGACUCAGGAACAGUACCCAAAGUCAUUGUGACUCACAACAGUUAUAAUGACCGAAUAAAUGUCUCAGGUCAGAACUACAACCUGGAGAUGAGAAAUCUUGGGAUGGAAGAUGCAGGCAUCUACUCGGCCGACAUAACUUUGAAGACCUCAAGCACUACCGAAACCAAGCGUUACAACCUUCAAAUCUACCGUCGGCUUGGGAAGCCAAAAAUUACUCCGAGUUUAAUGACCUCUGUGAACAGCACCUGUAAUGUCACACUGACAUGCUUUGUGGAGGAAGAAGACAAAAAUGUAACAUAUAGUUGGAGUCCCCUGGGGAGAGAGGGGAACAUCAUUCGAAUUUUCCAGAGCCACGAAGACCCAGAGCAUACUUACACCUGCACGGCCUGGAACCCUGUCAGCAACAGCUCUGAGUCUAUCUCUGCCCAGCAGCUUUGCUCAGACACUGGGCUGAACCACCAGAGACGCCACAUUGUGCUGCUGAGUACAAUGGCUGUGCUUUUCCUGUUUAUGUUCAUCAUAUUGCCAGUAAUUCUGCUUCUUCUGCGCAAAAGAGGUCAAGAUGCUAAUGCAGAGAAAAUAUACAAAAAUGUUCCAGGGACCACCUGGCCAGCAGAAUCCAGGAUAGAUUGAUUAAAUCCUCCAGACCACGGUGUCCCUGCCCAAGGAGGAAGCAGUGAACUCAGUGUAUUCCACAGUGCAACCCUUGGAAAAGGUAAACACUCCUGACUGUUCACCUGUUGUCCUGUGUGCUCCCUCCCUGUCUGCCCAAGCCGGGGCAGCGGGCGCUCCGGGCUCGUCCUUCCAGUCUCAGGACUGAGUGCUGACAGCUGUGGUCUCCAGUAUGUCACAUACACACAGAGCCCUGCCCCAGCUCCAUGCCAGCCAUGGGCCGUGAUGCUAAUCCCAACCUUAAAUACCGGUGCCCCCAGCCUCUGAACUCUGUGAAAACUCCAGCCUGUAAUACCACACUGCUAGGUCACGUUAUGAAAAUUAGAAAACAGGUGCCGGCUCCGGGCAGACACAGACCCACACCAGGAACAGACUGGCAAGCAGAUGGAAAGCUGAAGCCCAGCUCCUGGUAGCUCUGUCAGCAAUCGUCAUGGGGAGCAGCCUGCAAAGUCUCUUGCAGUGGUCUCGGGACGGCCCCUGCCUGGAAUACGCACGGAGGGAAAGUCAGUCUGGCCCAGGGAGGGGACUUGCCUUCUAAGGAGUGGAUGAUUGUGCCAGCGCAGGGCCUCCCAGACUUCUUCACACCACAGCACAUGUAGAAAGCAGGAUUCUUAUGGCACAGUGGGGUCAAUGCUCAAGAUUGCUCAUGACUGGAGUUUCUUAUGACCAAAGAUGUGACUCUUCCCUCAACCCCAAGUGCCCAGCAGACUAACAUUCGCAUGCCUGUAAUACACCAUAGCACUCCACCGAGGAGGCCUGCCCACACUCAGUAUAUGUGAGAAGCUUGGUACAGGGCCUGUGCCAGUCCACACAGCACCCGGGAACCUCCCCAAGUGCAUGCCCUGAACUCUACUUGCCUUCUGUCUUGGAAACUUCUGUGGGGUUCCACC